CGCUUCUCUCUAGACCUCUUCUCUUUCUCUUUCUCUAUCUCUAUCUCUCUUUCUAUAUAGACACAAACAGACACCCCCACCUAGAGGAUUCAUCUUGUGGUGGCUCUGUUUCUUGCUCUGUUUUUCUAAGUGUACAAUGACGGACAUAACAGACGACAUAGCGGAAGAAAUCUCAUUUCAGAGCUUCGAUGAUGACUGUAGACUACUGGAAAACCUUCUUAACGACGUCCUCCGAGGGGAAGUAGGACCCAAAUUCAUGGAAAAACUUGAAAGAACUAAAAUCCUCGCUCAGAGUGCAUGUAACAUGAGAAUGGCAGGGAUUGAGGAUACGGCAGAGUUGCUUGAGAAGCAAUUGGCAUCAGAGUUAUCAAAAAUGACAUUAGCGGAAGCCUUGACGCUUGCUAGGGCAUUCAGUCAUUAUCUCAAUUUGAUGGGUAUAGCCGAAACCCAUCACAGAGUACGAAAGGCGCGGGAUGUGGUACAUUUAUCAAAAUCUUGUGAUGAUACGUUCAAUCAGCUGGUGCAGGGUGGAGUUUCCACGGAUGAGCUUUACAACACUGUUUGCAAGCAGGAGGUUGAGAUUGUUCUCACUGCUCAUCCCACACAAAUAAAUCGAAGAACAUUACAAUAUAAACACCUUAGACUUGCUCAUCUUUUAGAGUAUCGUGACAGAAAAGAUCUUGGGAGCGAAGAUAAAGAAAUGCUAAUAGAAGAUCUGGUGCUGUCUCUUCCUAAUAAAGUUUGAGAAAUUUCUCCCAGUGUUCCUUAGGAUCCUUAAUUCUUUCUGGAUUUUGUA